AUGAAGAAGCGAUAUGACAGGCUCAAGCAGAGAUUUCGCUCUCGCGAUGACGAUAUUGGAUCAGCCAACACGCCGGAUGUUUCACAGCCAGCUGCCUCAACAACACAGACGCCAAAUUCCUUCACUCAGCUGACGGGUUCGACUGAUGAUAGUGCGUGUAAUAGCCGUACUGCUCCACCGAUUGAGGAACUAUCCGUUAGUACUGUGCCUCUUCAAACAGCUCCUCGCGACCAAGAUACUUGCUUGAGCCUCUCUGAGAAACUCUGGACCAAGGCCUACGAUGGUCUGAAAGAAAAGGAGUCCGAUCUAGUUCAAGAGUACGAGAAAAUACUUUCCAAAGUCCAGGAAGAAUGGACGGAAACUGCCACGCCCUCGGAGAUCGAUAGCCUGCAACAUUGCAAGAAUGACAAGGCUCGUCAGAUGUGGAAGUUGGUCUACGCGGGACUGGAACGGACCAAGCGUCAGGCAGAGUACAAGGAAACCGCAUCAAGCUUCAUGGAAGCCAUCAACAACAUCAAGGGCUUGAUUGACAAGGUUGCCAAAUAUUCUGCUGAAGCUAGCAUCGUAUGGGUUGGCGUUAGUCUUGGUCUCGAGGUCCUCUCAAAUCCUAUGAAAGAGCCAGGUCUCAAUAGGAAGGCUAUCGCAUAUGUUUUGUCGAAGAUGGAAUGGUAUUGGAACCUGGCCGACGUGGCCCUCGGCCAAAAACAAUCGUCGUCUCCAUCGACUCCCCCCGAUACACUGCGAAACAACCUCGAAGGUCAUAUAGUGGAUUUCUUCAAAAAGCUUCUUCUGUUCCAAAUGAGAAGCGCUUGCCUCUACUAUCGCAAUUGGGCAUCCAUUAUCCUCCGAGAUAUAGUCAAACUGGAUGACUGGAACGGCAAACUCACCGAACUGAAGGACGCAGAAGCCGCUAUUCGGAGGGAUAUCCAGCAAUACAACAGCGAAGAUGUCAAGGUCAAGCUUGCUGGUAUUGAAGACAACUCGACACUACAGGCAGAAUCCCUCGAGAAUAUCUACACUGCUAUUCGAGACGAAGCGAGACGUAGGGAGAUGAAGGAACAAAACGAAGAGGACAAGAAGUGCUUGCGAGCCUUACAUGUUACGGACCCUCAGCUGGAUAAGCAAAGAAUCCAAAAUCAGAAGCAUGGUCUGCAGACGGAUUUAUGCGACUGGGUUUUCACCAGCACUGCUUACGAGCAAUUCAUGACGGAUAACUCAAUUCGAGUCCUGUGGAUCAACGGCCUUCCUGGCAAAGGAAAAACAAUGUUGGCUUGCGGAGUUAUUGACAGGUUGAAGAAGUCCCUAAGGCCACUCGCUUUCUUCUUCUUUGAGGGUUCGGCGGCAAAGGACAACUUGUCUGGAGCCAUCCGAGGCCUGCUCUACAUGCUUCUUGAGUAUCAGCCGUCUUUAAUGUCAAUUGUACGCCCUCACUACGAAAGGAUGGGAGAGAAACUCUUCGACAGCCACAAUAGCAGUAUCAUGCUGGUCGAAAUUCUCACCGAGAUGUUGCAGGAUUCAUGCUUGCACGAGGCAAUCAUGGUUAUAGACGCUCUUGAUGAGUGCAGUGAAAGAUCCGAUCUUAUUGAUGUCAUCAACAACCUGUCACAGUCGUGUUCUACUCAAUGGAUUUUGACUAGUCGUCCUUGGCCUGAGAUCAAAACAGAACUGUCUGCUGCCCAAGGAAUGAUCUUGCUCAGUCUCGAAGAUGAAAAGGAGUCGGUUUCCAAAGCCGUGAAAUCCUACAUUGUCACUACGGUGAACAAUUUGGUUAGAAAAUGGGGAGAUGAUCCAGCUCUGAAAGAAGCCAUCUCUGAGUACAUGUACUCACACGCAGACAACACAUUCCUUUGGGUCGCCCUCGUCUGCCAGAGACUGGCUAGUUCAAGAAUCCCCAAACGUCGUGUUUUAGAGGUACUCAAAACUUUCCCCACUACCCUCAAUGAUCUGUACGACGCUAUGAUGACGCGAAUUCUGGGCUCAGAAGAGAAAGAUCGAUUGAUUCGGAUUCUGGCUACGGUUUGCGUUGCUUAUCGACGACUGACCCCAGCAGAGCUCGCGACUCUGGUGGGUGAUAUGAAAGAAGACGAUAUAGCCGACGCAGUCGACUGGUGUGGCUCCUUUCUCAACUGCCAGAAUAACGAGAUAUUCCUCAUCCAUCAGUCUGCCAGGGACUUCUUGGUCAACAACAUCCCUGACACAAUUUUUCCUGAGGGUAUCGGGUUUCAACACCAUUCCAUGUUUUUGAACUCAUUGGAAGGUCUUUCCGCUACGCUUCAGCGAGACAUUUAUGGAUUAGGCCAUUCCAGAUUGGCCGGUGCUCAGCUCCCUACUCCCAAUCCUGAUCCUUUAGCCCGGAUUCGAUACUCUUGCGUUUAUUGGGUCGAUCAUCUGAAGAGCUCAAAAUCGCAGUGUGAAACGAGCGAUAACGAGCUGGAAGAUGGUGGUCUUGUCCAUCAGUUUUUUCGAUCCAAAUACUUGAACUGGCUAGAGGCGCUAAGCCUCUUACUUAAAGUUCCAGAGGGAAUUUCAGCGGUCCAGAAUCUUGAGUUCCUAGCAACGAAAGCGACGGGAUUGGCCGAAUUGCUCCUUGAUGCUCGUCGAUUUGUUCUUUAUUAUAAAAUUCCCAUAGAAGUUGAUCCGUUGCAGGUGUACGCUUCAGCACUUGUGUUUAGCCCCACCGGAAGCUUAGUUCGUCAACUAUUGGAGUUCGUGUCUCCAGACAAUGGUAUUCGAUGCAAAUAG